AUGGAAACUCUCUUCAGCACUGCUCAAGCCAGAAGUAAGCCAUCAUUGAAGGAUCUCUGCCCAGAGGACAAGCGUCGGAUUGCAAAUCUCAUCCAGGAGCUGGCCAGAGUUAGUGAAGAAAAAGAGGAAUCUGUACAGAAACUCAGGGAUGAACAGGAGACGUUUGAGAAUAAAAUCCAACAUCUAGAGCAACAAAACCAACUCAUCAUACAAGAGAGAGAAAGCCUGCAGCAGCAGUACCGAGAGUGUCAGGAGCUGCUGGGACUCUAUCAGCAGUACCUCUCCCAACAGCAAGAGAAACUCAACAAGUCUAUCACCCUGCUCAAUCAGUCCUGCUCCCACAGCAAGAUUCUUAGCAGUGAGGGGGUGCCCAGAAGGUCUUGGGGUGGAAGAGGAACUGCUUUAGAUGGAUCUUACUUGGACCUCCCUUCAUCAGGAAGCAGAACUGAGACAGGCGGGGAGCCCUCAGCCUGUGAUGCCCUAAGGCUGCAUGGCGUCUCUGAACCCAAGUUCUCUCAUCAGUGCCACAGAAUGGAUAAUGACAGCAUGUGUAGUGCUAAUCGAACUGGUCUAGCGCCACCACCUGGUCGGGAGAACUGGGAGGAGAAACAACGAUGUCUGCUCCUGCAGAAGAAACAGCUGGAGAUGGAGAGGGAGAGAAUUCGAGCUUGUUUGGCUCAACAGGAAGAGAAACUUUUGUUCCAGAACCAACAGCUCUGCCAGUCAUACCUUCAGUACAGCAAGCUUCAGCAAGUGACCACAACAGACUUUGAGAAACCCCUAAAUGGAGAUAGCAGUUUUAAUGAGGGUCCACAGUCAGGUUUUGUAAUGGAUCAGCUGACACACAGUAGUGAAAUAAAAGGAGAGUCACUCACUUUAGAGGGAAAUGUCCAACAACCGUUAAGUAACGUAGAGUCACAGCAAUACACAUCAUGUAUUGAGCAGCCUGCACCCAAGCUUUCACAAGAGAUCUCCAUUACCAAGAAGGAUAUGGCCACCUCUCCUGUGGUUCCACAAAGCAUCCGGACAUCUGCUCUUCCUCCUCUUGGCCUUCUCAGUACUCCACUGGCUUCCAGGUUGGACGACUCUUUGAUUGAGCUGUUGGACAUUUUCAGCCCUGCAUCCAACCCAGAAAGGUACCGAAUCAAUCAGUCAUCACGGAGGAGUUCCGUUGCCCCUCAGUCCUCUCAGAAGACCCUUCUCUCUCAUUUUGGCCCCAGUCGGUCCUCUCUGCAAGACCUGGAGGAGAGUGAGAUCUUAGAAGACAUCUUUUUCAUCUGUUGAAGAGUUAUAAAGGCGAUUCAGGUUGAUUGUUGGAAUAACUGGAUUUGAAUGAUCAUUAAUUAUUCAUGAGCUCUUAAUUCUGCCUUUUAAAUGUGUUUAGUGUCUUGAA